AUUAAUCCAACUCGUCCUCACAACAAAGCGUGAAUCAGACCGCAUUCAUUGAUUCUACGAGUGAACGGGUAUAAAUAUUUGAGUUUGCCAUGAAUACUGCGUGCUGCAAGUGCGGGGCUUCUCCAAACAGCCUUCCCUACUGCCUCGGAGGAGCUGCAUAUGAGUUCCAUUGCUUUUGCUGCAACAAGCCGCCGCCGAUGAAGUGCAUUCAGUGCGGAGCCCCCGGAAACAUUGAAUUACACAUGAAGCACGAAAAUUGCGUCGUAGGAAAACGCCACACCUUUAUCUUCUCGGAGCAGUGGCCACCGUUUCCGCCCACUGGUGCAGAGGCGACCCACACCCCGCCGCCUGAUCUCCAGGAGUCCGAUGGGCACGACUUGGUGAUAAUGAGUCCCAGGACUCUUGUGGAGCAGCCUCAUCAAGAUGAUGAACCCGAGGAUGUGAUCGAUGUGGAGGAUCUUACGCAAAGGGAUGUGGAAUUCGAAGAGGAGCAUGUCGAUAGAAAGCCUUUGAGGAAUCGUGAUGCGCGGUGGGUGACCGUUCAGGACAUCCGCUUGUGGCCGUACUGCCCGCGUUGCCGCAAACUGCGCACCACACGUACCGGCUGGAUCAAGCACGCCCAAAAAUGCGGCCAAGACCCUUCGUUAAAGAAGCCCAAGUUCUUCAUAUACACCCACACGAAGGGAUGGUGCGACUAUCUAGUCAGGGACUCGCAGUGGGAGAACCACAGCAAUCCGACUACCGGACAGUGCGUAACCUGCUCCGCAUCGCGGCGUCAGUCAAUUCCCCUGCCUUUUAUGCCGGAACCGCCCCCAAGACCAAACGAGUCGCACCUCGCCAAAAUGAGGCAGCGUUCCCGCCGCCUGCGGAAGCAGAAGAUCCGGGAGCGUUUGAGCAGCACUUUUUAGUUUGAAGGAAGGAAAUACCAGUGCUCCGCAAAAAAAGGUAUUAUUGUUAAACCCUGGCCCAAUGUGUUAUAAUUUUUGUACCGACGGCCCAUGUGUGUGACCGCUUAGUUUUUGGAGUUACCGAUAUCAAACAUUACCGAUUACUUUAUCUUUAUAAUGAACCGAAUUUAUCAAGUAAGCGGCCCGCUUAUAAUCCAUAUAUAUUAGGCAACAAUCGGACUAAGGUUCUUAGAUUGUCCGAAUUUUGCCUAAUAAGAAUUUCUGAUGUUUCUUUUUUUUAAUUUUAGUUAUUCUUUAUUUCUUUUAUAUACAAAAAAAAAUGUAGACCCGAAA